UUUGAUAUCGCAUUUGAUACUGUUAGCAACUUGCUAGACAUCAGUGUGAUAAAACUGAGUAAAGAAAAGCCACUUACUUCUGAACAAAUAAAAUAUAAUAUUAAUAAGUUAAAAAGAAAGCUUGCAAAUGGAAAAUCAAAGCUUUAUCAAAAAUUAUUUGCUAUUUUAAAUAGAAUAUCUACUUUGGAAUUAACCUAA